CAAAGACGAAAUUUUAUUAAGUAACAUAAGAAAAAGUCCUUGACUAACUUAUAACCAUGUAUAAAUUUUGUUCGUACACAUUUCUCACUGUUAUUACUGUCGAUAUUUUGGGAACUUGUGGCGACAUAACUAUAACAUGGACAUCCCCGAUACUCCCUAAACUCUAUUCAAAUGACUCGAACAUAAACCCAUUAGGCCGACCUAUAACUCCCGAUGAAGAAUCCUGGAUUGGUUCACUAAUUAACAUCGGUGCUCUUAUCGGACCUUUUCCUUUUAGUUUUCUCUCGGAAAAACUCGGUCGAAAAAUAUCACUUUUGUGUAUUUCAGUUCCUUACAUAAUCUCCUUUGGGAUACUAGCCCUAGUGCAACACCUCUACUGGUACUAUUUCGCCCGGUUUUUAUCCGGGAUUGCCCUUGGUGCAGCGUGUACAAUCCUCCCUUUGUACAUCGCGGAAGUUGCUGAAGAUUCAAACAGGGGGAUGUUAUCAGUGACUUUAAACAUAUUCUGGACUUUUGGAAACUUGAUACCGUAUGUUUUGGGGCCCUACAUGUCAAUUGUAGCAUUUAAUGUCACGCUAGCGUGCGUGCCGUUACUUUUCUUUGUGUUAUUUGUGACGCUAGCGCCAGAAACACCGUACUACUUGAUAAGUAAGAAUAGCAUCGAUAAGGCUGAGGAGAGUUUGAUGAAAUUGAGAGGAAGGAGUCGAAGUAUGGUCAGUAAAGAAAUCAUCCACAUUCAGUCAUCAAUGAAACAGGAGAAGAAAGGAAGCUUUGGAGAUUUAUUUAAGACGAAAGCUAAUCGCAAAGCUUUAGCAAUUUCGGUGAUUUUGAUGAGUUUCCAGCAAUUAUCAGGGAUUAGUGCCAUUUUGUUUUACACCCAACUCAUUUUUGAGACCACUGGGUCCAACAUUUCGGCCGAAAUAUCUUCAAUAAUUAUAGGACUUGUCUUAUUUUUCACCAGUUUGAUUAUUCCAUUUUUCGCAGAUCGAUUAGGCCGGAAGCUAUUUCUCAUGUUUUCAGCUUUCGGAAUGAUGACUGCACUGGCAAUUUUUGGUGCUUUUUUUUACAUGAAAGACACGGUUUAUUAUGACGUCACUUCUUUCUCCUGGCUACCAAUUUUGAGUGUAGUGUUAUACAUCGUGUCCCUCAAUUUGGGAUUUGGUCCUUUGCCUUGGACAGUGAGUUCUGAGUUAUUUUCGCCAAAUGUUAAGUCCUUUGGGAUAUCUUUAGUGUCAUUCAUUUGUUGGUUCGAUAGUUUUAUUGUUACGAAAUUUUUCAACGAUUUAAAUGAUAUUUUCGGUAAAGAGGGAACAUUUUGGUUGUUCUCCGGUUUCUGUCUCUUGGCCGGCUUAUUCACAUUUUUUUUCGUACCAGAAACCAAAGGUAAAAGUUUCCAAGAGAUACAAGAAAUUCUGGAAAAAUAAUUACAACAGAAAAUAAAGUUGUUUGUCAUA